CCCCCCCCCCUGCUCCCCUGCCUCCCUCCACCGGCCCCAGCCGAACUCGAACUCGGGACCCGGACCCGACGCUGGCCCCAGACCAAAAAGCGGCCACAUCUUAAGUCGGCGUCCCUCCGGGGCAGCCAGCUUUUCCCAGAAGACUAUGGCGGCGCAGAUCCCAGAAUCCGACCAGAUCAAACAGUUUAAAGAAUUUCUCGGGACUUACAAUAAACUCACGGAGAGCUGUUUCCUGGAUUGCGUUAAAGAUUUCACCAGCAGGGAGGUUAAGCCGGAAGAGACCACCUGCUCGGAACACUGCCUGCAGAAGUACUUGAAGAUGACCCAGCGGAUAUCGAUGCGGUUUCAGGAGUAUCACAUCCAGCAGAACGAGGCCCUGGCCGCCAAAGCGGGACUGCUGGGCCAGCCGCGGUAGAGCCGGGGGACGGAGGGCUCCGCGAGGGCUUUUGGACCGGCGGGGCCGGGGUCCCCCUCCCGGGGCCCCGGGGGCGUCCGGGACCCCCCGGGCCCGGCGGCCGGCGGGGGA